AUGACUCACGGCGGUUGGCAGGGCUCUAGAGAGGCUGGCCCCGGCCCGCGCUCCAGCCCGCAGCAGAUGCCUGCCCGGCCCUCCCCCCUUCGCCGGCCAAACCCACUCGGAGCCCGCGCCUGCGGGAUCGCCCUGCGCAUCCGUUGGACCCGGGCGGCCAGGACUCUGCCCGUGCCUCCCGCAGGCGCCCGCCGUGUCCGCGACACCCUCGGCCGCGGGGCCGCCUCUCCCCCCGCCUCUGUGGUCCCGGCCGGGCACUCCGGAAAGUUGCUAGGGCAGUGGAGGCGGGAGGGGAGGCAGGGAGGAGAGAGGCGGAGGCGUGGACCAGGCGGGCAGCAGCCGAGCCCGCCGGGGAGCGCCGCGGCGUCCAGACCUGGUGGCAUCCCUCCUACUGACCCCCGUCCCCCAGGACAAGGGAAGAAGCGGCCACCGAGGACCCUGGGGGUCUCACCAGAGCCGCGGUCCCCACCCGCCCCUAGACUCGCCUCGGUGCGCGCGGGCUGCAGCGCGAGCAGCCCUAGAGGCGGCGGCGGUUCCCGCCCGGGUAAAGGCUCCGCGGCGCUCGCCAGCCCCGGGAAAAAAGCCCGCGCCGCCUCCGCGCCCAGCAGCGCCCCGGCCCCCCAGCCGCCCCGGGUCCCGCUCCGGCCGGUGCGCGUCCACUCGGUGACCCCGGAGCAGCCGCGGGGCCGGAAGGGGGCGCGGGAGCCAGUCAGCCCCAGCAGACGCCCGAGGGGACCGGCUGUCGCGCUCCACCCGGCCCGGCCUCUCCGCCCCCGCCGCCCGCGCCCAGCCCGGCUCUUACCGCGGGGUCAGCCGGGAGGCGGCGGCCGCGGCGCUCGAGCUGCUGCUGGCCCUCUCCGGGCUUGGCGCCAGCCCGGCCGCCGGUGCACACUCGCGUGGGUCCCGGCCCGGCGGCCCGGUCGGCGGUGGCCGCUGGAGCGCGGCGGGCGAGGGUCCCGGCAGGUCCCGCCGCCGCGACUGGGGCGCUGCGCCGCCGUCGCUGCAGACGGUUAUGGUAAUGAGCGGCUCUGUCUAGCGAGGAGCGUGUGAAACCCGUCAAUCCUGUUUGCCAUUUCCCCGUGGAUUUCCGAGGAGAGGUUCUGCAGGAUGCCCCCAGGAGAUCCUCCGACUGUGAAAAACCAAACCUCUUGCUGCCUGGCUCCCUAGGAAUCAAGAGGAGGCACAGACUGAAAAUCAGGGAGAAAAGGAGCAAGAUCAAGGAUGAGGAUUAGCAUCUGCAAAUUGAACCCUAUCUAAUUUGCAUGUUUAUUUCUUAGAAUUAAAUUCAGGGCCCAACUGUUGACAACACGAGCUAAUGUCUACAGGCAGAGGAGGCAGUCAAAUGUCCGUGGAAUGAGAAACAUCAUUUAAAAAUUUAAACAUUCCAGGACCUGAAGACACUCCCAAGAGCCCCAAGCACCCAAAUUGUUUCAUGCUGUCCUGCCUUCAUUGAAAGUCUCCAGUACCAUGUUUUCAUCCAGUUUUUAAAAGAUUAAAGCCUCAGAGAAGAGUUCUGGUAGCUGACGAAGACAAGGAUGUAAUCUGAUUAAGUAAAAUUUUAAGCUAUAUAAAAUUAUAGAGAUUUAAGUGUGACCGUAAUUACAUUUAUUAAAUAUUACCCAAUU